GAGAUGAAGCCGUCAUUGGCCUUUAUAACCCCCAACAACAACAAGAAAACGACACGUUAGAGAUCAGGUUAAAAAGCUUGUCAUGUUUCUGGAUGCUAACAUGAAAUCCAAGAUGAAUGUGAGUGAUGCUGCAAGUGUCAAGAAGAAGUUUAAGCGUGAGAGUAUUGGCAUUAUGCAAAAAAUUGAAAUAUUAGAUAAUCUUAAAAGAGGAGCACGUGUGGUGGACAUGGCACGAGCCCAUGGUCUGAACGAAGCAUCGAUUCGUACAAUUAAAAAAAGAGAAGAUGAGAUACGAACUUGUUUAGUGAGCAACCCUCGUUGUGCCCUCCUGAAAAGAAUGACACAUCGAUCAGAGCAGCUAAACAAGACAGAAAAGUUAUUAAUUGACUGGAUUGAGGAGAAAACCAAGUUAGGGACACAACUUACUUUCAUCACAGUAAGGGAAAAAGCCUUAGAGUUAUACAAGACAGUGUGCGAGGAGGCAGGAAGACCCAAAAAAGAUUGCUUGUUCAGUUCCGGCUGGUUCCACAACUUUAAAUUGCGCAAUCACCUCCAUGGUAUUAAAUAUGGAGAUGCAUCUGCCAGUCGUGCACUGUCGGAGAUGGUUUCCAAGCAUGGGUACAAGCUAGCUCAGCCAAGUAGAGUCACAUUCAUUGACAUGCACCAACGCUCAGGAUUUAAGGGAGAUGACGGUCACAUUGACUCAAAGACUGGCAGCCAUAACUACUCCAUGGAUGUUGACUUCAUUGAAGUUAAAGACGAACCAAUAAAUGAGGAAGAUUGGGCAGAUAGGAAUGAUGGCUUCUGUGGAGUGAGUGUCGAGGGCAAUAACAGAGAUGAUACCCAAGAUGCCACAACGAACUUGUCCUGGGAGAUGCCCAGCCACACCCAGAGGAACAGCAGUGAUGUGGCACUGCUACUCAAGACCACUAGCUGCCCAACACAACGACCAUCAUCAACAACAAGCAACCCACCACAAGAACCAUGUCAACUAUCAGCUACAAGCAACCCACCACAAGAACCAUGCCAACUACCAGCUACAAGCAACUCACUACAAGAUUCAUCACUACCACUAUCAACAACAAGGCAUGAAACACAAGAACCACCACCACAAUCAGUCACAAUCAACCCACCAGAUGCAGCCACACUCAAACAAUCAGGUACCUCUACCAAGAAGAAGAUUAUGUUAGAGACUGAGAUGCAAGUCCUCCAGAAACUUGAACAAGUUGAUCAUGGUCUCGGUAAGGUUAAGUCAACCAACUUAGCAGAAUCACCUUUGUGUAGCAGAGAGGAAAAUCACAAGAAAGUUAAAGGAAGUUGCAAUGUGAUUGAAACAAUGGAGAGUUUAUUGCACAUUUGGAUUGAAGAUGGAAUUAAACAGCGCAUUCCCUUAAGUAUGACAAUAAUUCAAGAGAAAGCCAGGAAUAUUACCGAAGAUAUAAAAGAGAAAGAAGGUGAAUCAGUUUUCACCAAGUCUUUCAAUGCAAGUUGUAGUUGGUUUGAUCAUUUCAUGAGAAGAACCAAUUUACAUAAACUGAAAUUAACUGAAGAAGGAAUAGGUGCUGAUACUGAAGCUGCAAAUCAAUAUUCUGAAGUUUUUAAGAAUAUUAUUGAGGAAGGAGAAUAUUUACCAUGUCAGGUGUUUAGUGUCAGUGACACAACACUUUACUGGAAAAAAAUGCCAGACAGAACCUUUGUAUCUUGUAAAGAUAAAAAAGCAGCUAAACUUGACACAAGUGAAGAUCAGUUAACUCUUCUUGUUGGUGCCAAUGCUGCAGGAGAGUUUCCCCUGAAGCCUCUCUUGAUUUAUCAUAGAGAAAAUCCUGAGGCUGUACAAGGUUACUGUAAGUCGUAUCUUCCUGUUUUGUGGAGAUCCAACAAGAAAGCCUGGAUAACCAAAUAUAUUUUUAAAGACUGGUUUAUAUUUUACUUCUGCCCAGCUGUUGAGAAUUAUUGUAAGAGGAAAAACAUUGAUCACAAAGCAUUGUUAAUAAUAGAUAGUUUAAUAAUAGAUAGAGCUCCAGGUCAUCCCACAUUCUUAAGUGAUGCAUCUCCUCACAUAAGAGUUGAAUUUCUACCCAAAAAUACAUCAACAGUUCUCCAACCCAUGGAUCAGGGGGUGAUAUCAAUGUUCAAGUGUUUUUACAUGCAGGAAAACUAUUCUCAAAUGAUUCGUUCAAUAGAUACACAAGACCUGCUUCAAAUUCAAGUGUACUGGCAAAAUUAUAACAUCUUGGAUGCAGUUAAGAGCAUUGAAGCUUCUUGGAAUAAGGUGAAGGAGUCAACCUUGAAUGCAGCUUGGAGAAACUUGUGGCCAGAAUGUGUGUGUGAUUUUUUGGGAUUUAAUAAAGAAGAAAGUGAAGUUUGGGACAUUAUUAGCACUGACCUUGAAGAUGAAAUAAAGGAGGUCGUUCGACUUGCACACACAGCAGGUUUUAUUGAGACUGAAGCAUGUGAUGUGCAGCAACUGUUGCAGUUACCUAGGGAACCACUGACGACUGACGACUUACUUGAGGUAGAGAAGAUGAGAACAGUUUCAUGUGAGGACAAUGAAGAGACGGAUGAACCCAUAUAUCGAGAAAUGACAACCAAAAAAAUGUUCCGUGCAUUGAGGCUGCUGGAUACAGCAUUGGCAGCUAUUCAGGACAUGGACCCCAUAGUAGAGAGAAGUUCCAGCAUUUGUGAAAGCAUUAACCAUCAAGUCGAGUGCUACAGGACGAUGUACAGCGAGAAACGGAAGGCAGCGCUGGAGGCAAAAUUGGAUGCAUUACUAAUAAACAGUUUUCCCAAGACUGAGCACCAUCACUAAAUCUUGUGCUAUUACACUCCGUGAUGAUGAAGAUAGUCAUGAGUGGUGAAGCGUUGCACCAUCGUUAUUCCACUUCAAGGGGGAGAGAAGAAGACUUGAUCAAACCUAUUGUAGCUACCCUCUCCUCCCUCAGAUCAAACCCUAAGUAAUGUAUCAUAUGGUUUUAACAGAAGUAAACUGGUACAUUUUUUUAUUAUCACAUUUUUUAUUAUUAUUAACACAUCGGCCAUUUCCCACCAAGGCAAGGUGGCCCUGAAAAAGAAAAACUUUCACCAUCAUUCACUCCAUCACUGUCUUGCCAAAGGCAUGCUUACAUUACAGUUAUAAAAUGAACAUUAACACCCUCCUUCAGAGUGCAGGCACUGUACUUCCUGUCUCUAGGACUCAAGUCCGACCUGCCAGUUUCCCUCAAUCCCUUCAUAAAUAUUACCCUGCUCACAACUUGUCAGUUCUCUGAACCAUAUAUCUACACAAGUAGCAAGUUAUACCCAUUCUCCAGUGUGUUCAUGAGACAGAAAAAGGAACAGCAAUCCUACCAUCAUGUAAAACAGUUACAAGUUUCUGUUUCACACUCACUUGGCUGGACAGUAGUACCUCCCUGGGUGGUUGCUGUCUAUCAACCUACUACAUUUAUCUACAUAUUACUGUGUGUGCGUGUGUGUUUUUUUAACAUGUCGACCAUUUCCCACCGAGACGCAAAAAGAAUGGAAAAUAACUUUUAUCAUCAUUCAUCGCUUUCAUCAUCACUACUGUAAUUUUUAAUAAUUUUUUGUAAUUAAAUUUUUAACGUCUAUUAUGAGUUGUUUUAAUAUUGCAAUAUCAGUAGUGAUGUUGUAGGCCCUUGGCAGAUGUACGUACUAUGAUUAGUGUAUCAGUUGACAGACUGAUUGACUUAUAAUCCUGGAUGCACUGGAGGACAGACACAAUGCAGAUGUAGUAUACACAGACUUUUCGAAUGCCUUCGACAAGUGUUAUCAUGGUGUUAUAGAACACAAAAUGUAUGGUAAAUGAAUAAAAGGAAAAGUGGGUAAAUGGAGCUAUAACUUCCUAUCAAAUAGAACACAAAGAGUAAUAGUAAACAGAGUAAAGUCUGAGGCAGCCACAGUAAAAAGCUCUGUUCUACAAGGCACAGUACUUGUUCCCAUCCUGUUCCUCAUCCUCAUAUCUGACACAGACAGAGAUGUAAGCCACAGCACCUUGUCUUCCUAUGCUGACAAUACUGGAAUCUGCAUGAAGGUGUUAUCUAUUGAGGGCACAGCAAAUCUCCAAGUGGACAUUAACCAUAAUGGGGAUUGAACCAAGGACUUCAGUGUGCGAGCUGAGUGCGCUAGAAAUCGAGAUACAGAUACUCAUGAAGUGACUAGUAUCGUCUACAAAAGACACGGUGCUAUGGUUUACGUCUCUGCCUAUGUCUGAUACGAGGAUGAGGAACAGGGUUGGUACCACUGUGUGAGGAUACCAUCAACAUUACAAAUUCAGUUGACUUUGCUAGGCAAAGUGGUGUGUGUUUUAUAAGAAAAUUAAAAAGGAGGAGCACUGCAGCAGGCCUACUGGCACAUACUAGUCAAGUUCUCAAACCCAAACCCACUAACAAAAAUAUUUACCCAAACCAUUUUCAAUACUACCCGAGGAAUAUGCAAGUGCAAGUCCCACUCAAAUCCAGUCCCCCUCACUCAUGUAUUUAUCUAGCCUAAAUUUGAAGCUAUCCAACAUUCCAGCUUCAAUAACCUUGCAAAGAAAACUGUUCCACUCAUCCACUACUCUAUUUCCAAGCCAGUACUUUCCUAUAUCCUUUCUAAAUCUAAACUUAUGUGGGAUACUUACCCCUACAAUGUAUAGGUAGUUGAACAUGUACAGUGGUACCUCGUGUUACGAACUUAAUUCGUUCCAGAAGGCUGUUCGAGUGCUGAUACCAAACGAAUUUGUUCCCAUAAGGAAUAAUGUAAAUUAGAUUAGUCCAUUUCAGACCCCCAAAAAUACGCUUACAAAAACACACUUACAUAAUUGUUCGAGUCGGGAGCUGUUUGAAACUCAAGGUACCACUGUAUAUUUCACACAUGAUAAUUAAUAUUGGCAAGUUAAAGACUA